GAGUCAGUGCCUCACCAGCUGUCAACCUCACCGCAUGUCACUGGUGAUUAGCUAUUGUUGACAUGGAACUAGAUGGCCAAACUUUGGCACCUUGGGAAGGCAAAUUUCCAUUUUUCUGUUUUUGGGUGGGACAUGAUUAUGCCCUAUAAGAUUAUUAACAUUCAAACGACUAUUAAUUUACAUUGUUAUUUUGCCACACCCAAGAAUACAAUCAGUCUAACAUUUUUAAUCUAUCAGACUGACUGGGUUGAGAUAUGUAGCUACAGUAUAUGACAACACAGGAAAUAAGAGUCUCUGUUAUACGUUUACCUCCACAUAUGGUUAAACAUCUGUCCUUUACAUGCUACUGUCGGAGCUAAAGCUAUUAGUCAAACUAUGGAUUUGUGGACUCACAGAAGAUACAUCUGCUUUUGAUCAUUGUCAUUUAUCAAGCGCAUAUGCUAAACAUGACUUAGUUCCAGCUUCUCAGUUUUGUCUCAGGUGCCAGUAAACUGAAUAAUAGUUAAUUAAUGGACUCUUGUAAACACAGACCCACCAAGUGAACAGGACAGCUUCCUUUCUAUUGCACUUACUUUCUUUGAUCAGCCUUUAUCUACCUCUGUCUUAUCUCAGCUGACCACACUGGGUCAUAUGUGAGUGACUUGCUGGCUGUUGUAAGGCACAGGCCCGGGGAAACUGCAUCUCAAAUCAUGUCUGUACUGUUGUUUUGCGCUUUUAAAAUGCUUUAUAUUUGAUUGCAUUUUGUAAGAGCAACUUUUUUAUCCCAAACUCACAGUGUGUUUCUCCAACAUAUAUCUCAUUGAUCCUGAAUAUGGCUAAGUUCAUUGAUUGUUUAUAUCACAUCUUAGCCAGUCAGACCUUUGACUGGUAGAUUAGAUUACACACCACCUGGUAAUAAAAUCUGUGAGUGUUUUGUUGGUAGUAUAUCAGGACAUCCUCCUUGUGAAAGCAGAGUGUGUGGCGGUUGCUGUAGCUGCAGUAAACACAGCACGCACCAGGUUGCCGCAUUGGAUGCUCAGCAGAAAAAAGAAAACCACUGUCUCACCUGGCUGCUUUAUGUUUACAGCUAAUAAGAGGAGCAGGACUGGGUGCAGCUAGGAAAAAAGUGGUGUCAGCAAAACUCUGAUGAAAGCGUCUUAUGAGUCUUAUGUGGCAGAAGCAUCUGUAAACCACACCCACACAACCUUCAGUAUGAUAUUAACUGAAAUGUCAAUGUAUAACUCAUUUGAAAAUUGAGGACACUACAUAUGAAUUAUAACUCGAGGUUGUAAUUGUGUUGACUUACUAAUUACAGUACAGGCAAACACAAAAUGAGGGGUGUGCUUGGUGAUUAAACAAGCCUACAAAAAUGCAUUAAAAGCACUUGAAAGGAUAAAGUUUAAAAAAUAAAGUGCACAAAUGUGUCUUCUGUUCCUUGCUUUAGGUCCACUCCUUGCUGUCAUCGCACAACACACUCCUUUCUACAACACACACUCAGGCCAAACGGAGAGUACCUCGUGUUAUCAAGUACAAACCUGCUGAUGCCAUUUCAGCCUGACAUUCACCUGACACACAGACACAGAUUUACUGCUGCCACCACACACAGACAGACACUCUCUCUACAAACGUACAUAGUCACCUUUUAGCUCAUCAGUGGCAUCAUGCUGAGCCAGGAGUUCUUUCAGAAGCUGGGGUUGUCAGAUCUGGAUGAUGUCAGUCAAUACAUCAGGAAUGUCUUCACCGCCAUGUUAGUCAGCAUGGGGGCAGUGACAGCUGCGACCGCCUACUACUUGGCAACACGGCCCAGGCCCCAUCCACCAAUCUGCGACCUCCGCAUGCAGUCAGUGGAGGUUCCAGGCAGCGACUUGGUGCGCAGAUCUGCUCUGCAGGCCGGAGAUACUCACUUAACACAUUUCUACGAUGAUGCCAGAACAAUAUACGAGUUCUUCCUCAGAGGGCUCAGAGUCUCCAAUAAUGGUCCCUGUCUGGGCUUCAGGAAACCUAAGCAGCCCUAUGAAUGGAUGUCCUAUAGGGAGGUAAUGGAGCAUGCAGAGAAUCUGGGUUCUGCAUUUCUUCACAAAGGACACUCCAAGAUCACCAACCCGCACGUCGGCAUCUUCUCUUUGAACAGACCUGAGUGGACCAUCAGUGAGCUGGCAUGUUACAUGUACUCUCUGGUGUCAGUCCCUCUGUACAACACGCUGGGAGUGCAAGCCAUUGCCUACAUUAUAGACAAAGCUUCCAUCGCCACCAUCGUGUGUGAUGCGGUAGACAAAGUCAACUUGAUACUGGAGUGUGUUAAAAACAGGAACCACUCAGUGAAAACCAUCAUUCUAAUGGAGACCCCCAGUGCUGACCUGGUCAACAGGGGGCAACAGGCAGGAAUCCACAUCCUCAGCCUGCAGGAGAUGGAGGCUCUCGGGAAGGCCAGCUAUCACCAACCAGUGCCUCCACGACCUGAGGACAUGGCACUCAUCUGCUUCACCAGUGGAACAACAGGAGAUCCAAAGGGAGUCAUGUUGACGCAUGGGAAUAUUGUGUCCAACUGCUCAGCCUUCAUCAAAGUGACAGCGUUUUCCUGUCCAUUGGGUCCCAGUGAUGUCCAAAUUUCCUUCCUGCCCUUGGCUCACAUGUUUGAGAGAGUAGUACAGGGAGUGAUGAUGGUGCAUGGGGCCAAAAUUGGUUAUUUCCAGGGAGAUAUUCGUUUGUUGGCAGAUGACCUGAACACACUGAGACCGACUGUGUUUCCUGUGGUGCCCCGACUCCUAAACAGAAUGUAUGAUAAGAUCUUUGGGCAGGCCAACACCUCUUUCAAACGCUGGGUACUGGAGUUUGCCUACAGGAGAAAGGAGAGAGAGUUAAUGAAAGGCAUCAUGAGAAGAAACAGUAUCUGGGAUUGGCUCAUCUUCAGGAAGGUCCAGGGUAGCCUUGGUGGCCGCGUGCGCCUCAUAAUAACAGGAGCUGCUCCGAUCUCUCCUACUGUUCUCACCUUCCUCAGAGCUGCAAUUGGCUGUCAGUUCUAUGAAGGCUAUGGACAAACAGAGUGUACUGCUGGAUGCACUUUGAGCCUGGGUGGAGAUUGGACUGCAGGUCAUGUAGGAGCUCCUCUGCCCUGUAACUCUAUUAAACUGGUGGAUGUGCCUGAGAUGAACUACCUGGCUGAGAACAGAGAGGGCGAGGUGUGUGUGAAGGGUUCAAACGUGUUCCAAGGCUAUCUGAAGGACCCAGAGAAAACCGCAGAGACGAUUGAUGCAGAUGGAUGGGUUCACACUGGGGACAUUGGAAAAUGGCUGCCGAAUGGCACGCUGAAGCUUGUGGACAGGAAGAAGCACAUCUUCAAGUUGGCACAGGGGGAGUACAUUGCUCCCGAAAAGAUAGAGAAUGUCUACAUGAGGAGUAAUGCAGUGGCACAGCUCUUUGUGCAUGGAGACAGUCUGCAGGCGUGUCUGGUAGCAGUGGUGGUCCCUGACCCUGACUUCCUGUCUGGCUGGACCAAGAGGACACUGGGAAUCCAGGGCAGCUACGAGGAACUAUGUGGCAGAGCGGAUGUCAAAGCAGCCAUUUUGGAAGAUAUGCUGCGAUUGGGCAAGGAAGGAGGCCUCAGCUCCUUUGAGCAGGUGAAGGCCAUUUACAUCCACACCGAGCUAUUUUCAGUGGAAAACGGUCUACUCACUCCAACAAUGAAGGCCAAGAGGAAUGAAAUACAACAGCUCUUCAGGCCCCAGAUAGACGAGCUCUAUGCAGGGCUCAAAAUAUAGCAGGAGGGAGGGAGAGCAAAAUGAAAAAAACACACACAAGAGCGCUACCAAAGGUGUGGAUGGAUGAAGAGGAAGACAGGGAAAUACAACCUAAAGCACACACUGGAUCAAAUGAAGAGGUCCAAAUGUGGCUAAUGCAUUUAGUCCUCCUGGUCAAUAAGACUGGAUAAAGCAGCACCAGGAGGUGAUGUUGCUUUUCAUGGAUUCAGAGCAAUUAAAACAAAAUCAUUGACAUGUAGGAUAUAUGGCAGAAACAACCAAACCUCUGAUGGUCAAGGGUAGAUGUUAUGCUUAAAAUAAAUGUGUCCAUUGAUGAAAUAGUUUUGCCUAUGCUAUGUAGUGUACAAAGUCUGUGAUAUUGUGUUGAUUCUAAUCAGAUAUUUUGUCAUAAUGUCUCAAAAAAGGAUUUGUAAAGGGAAAUAGUACAGCUCUGUAGCACUGCAUAUCUCAGGAAUUAAGCAUGAUGAAUCACACACAGUACCUCUGACACACAUAAACACUACUGAACCAGGCUCUGGGGUUCAUAUUGAUUAGUUUUGAAACACAUAUACCCUCAUGCACCUCAACUUGAACAUUUCAGAUGUUUUCUUUCAGAUGUCAUGAUUUUAUUUGACUAUGUAUGUUGAGCUUCUUCAGUUGAAGGUGAAAUUUGCAGUGGAUGACUGGAUUGUUUCUGUUUGGUCCAUACGCAUUUACAUUAAUAAGACUAUCUGUAUUUCUGAUAACCCAGACAAAGCUAGCUAUAAACAGGGAAUUCAGGUAGCCUACUAAACAUUCAAGACAUAAUGAAAUUGUGUCAGUGUUUGAAAGAUUUAUGAUGGUAACAGACAGGGAGGAGAAGCUGAAUGGAUCCGUUUUCUUAAAUUACAUUAUACUAAGGGGUAAAGCUAAGUUUCAAAAUAACUGUUUACAACCUGAAUGAAAUCAUUUAGAAUGUUAAACGUUUUAUGGAACUACUUUUAACUGUGGUGGGCUCACCAUAAUUGUUUUUAACGUUG